AUGGCUGGCGCCCGUUCGGCAGCAUCGAAAAUCUUCCAGAGGGCCGAGUCUUGCGUCCAGCACUGGCAGAAAAGAGGACUAGAUUUGUUUGCCACCAUGUCGAACGAGGACGAGAACGAGCAGGUCUUCAAAGGGACCACCACAGAGGAUGUGCGACUUGAGAAUCUGGGUUAUGAGCAAGAGCUCAAGCGCUCCUUUGGGUUGCUUAGCAUGAUUGGGUUCAGUUUCAGUGUUGUGACAUCAUGGACGGCUCUUAGCGGUGUCUUCAUCGUAGGAGUCAAUUCCGGGGGACCUCCCGUCAUGGUGUUUAGUUUCAUCGGCGUUUCUAUCCUCACACUAGCCGUGGCGAUCCCGAUGGCGGAGAUGUGCUCCAUGUAUCCGGUGGCCGGAGGCCAAUAUUCCUGGGUUGCUGCUUUGACACCACCAAGAUAUGCACGAGGGCUUUCCUACGUCACAGGCUGGUUCAUGCUCAUUGGCCUUCUUGCAAUGGGAGCCACGAAUAACUACAUCGCCUCGAAUUUCGUUCUCGGAAUGGCCAACUUGGUCUUCCCAGAAUAUGUCAUCGAACGAUGGCAGACCGUCCUGGUGGCCUACCUGGUUGCCUUUAUUUCAGCGGGAGUCAAUAUCUGGGGAUCUCACCUACUACAUCGCAUCUCGAAAUUCAUUCUGAUCUGGAAUGUCGGGUCCUUCGUCAUCGUUACCAUCACCCUUCUCGCGACCAAUGACCACAAGCAACCGGCUUCCUUCGUAUUCCAGGAUUUCCAAAAUACCACAGGAUUCGGAACGGGCAUGGCCGCCAUUAUCGGUAUCCUGCAAGCCUGCUUCGGCAUGUGCUGCUAUGACGCACCCUCACACAUGACUGAGGAAAUGAAGUCAGCCUCCAAGGAAGCCCCCAAGGCGAUCGUUCUUGCAGUGGUUCUUGGCGCCGUGACCGGAUUCGUCUUCCUCCUGACUUUGUGCUUCUGCAUUGGCGAUAUUGCGGAGACGGCCAAUAGCUCAACGGGCGUUCCCGUGAUCCAGAUUAUUUACGACUCGACCGGCAACAAGGCAGCCACCUGCAUCUUAUCGAGUCUGAUUGCCGUGAUUGUGAUCGUGGCUGGAAACAACAUUCUUGCCGAGGGUUCCCGUUCGGUUUACGCGUUCGCUCGGGACAAUGGUCUUCCCUUUUCCAAGUUUUUCAGCAGGGUCGAAAGCAAGAGCCAGGUUCCGGUGAAUGCCGUCCUGCUUACACUUGCAGUGCAAUUGGCUCUCGAUGCUAUCGAGUUUGGUACGACUACGGGGUUCGAGACGGUCAUCUCGAUUUCAACGGAGGGAUUCUAUCUGUCCUACGCAAUGGCACUCUUCAGCCGACUAGUCGGCUACUUUACCGGUCACGCCGUCAAGCUCGACGGCCCAUACGCCUUCUCCACGCCUGUUUCCAUUGGUUUGAACAUCAUGGGGCUGCUAUUCCUCCUGUUCGCAUCGAUUACCUUCAACUUCCCCAGCACAUCCCCUGUUGAACACCAAUCGAUGAACUACACCAGCGCGGCCAUUGGUGUGAUCGGACUCAUCAGCACCAUCACAUGGAUCACUACUGGGCGGAAAAACUUUACUGGACCGGGCGCAGUCAGCUUCCUAAGUGGACAUAAUGCGGCACAGAAUGCUGCGCCUGCCCAGGACGGAAAAGGCACGAGUGAGAAAUAG